GCCUGUUGAACUUCUGCAAAAAUGAUUUUGCAAACCUGAACGGAGCCUUAAAUCAACUUUGAGGCUGGCCCAUGUUACUGCGAGGGAGGAAAUCGCAGGGUGGAGCGAGGCGGGUGGCUGGCCAGCCUCUCGCAGCUCUGGCGGUGAGGAAUUGCCACUGGCCAGCCGGCCGCUGCUGCUUCGGGUCGCGACCGUUGUGAAGAGAGGCGGCCGAAACUCGUCUUACCUGGCCUGCGCGGCGAGGCUGGCCCAAGCCGGCAGCAGGUGAACGAAGGAUUCCACCUCGGCAUGGCGUCCUGCAUGCCUGGUGCGAACAGGACAAUUACCGCCCAUGAAAAAAGAGCGUGAUGUUAUGAGAAAAGCAUUUUUAAUUUGAGCUCAGAGGGCCGGCAGCGAGCUCGACCUUCAGACCGCGGCUGUGCUGCUCUUUCACACGGCCACGAGAGAAGGCUCGUGGCGGCAGCUACGAGGGCGCCUGGACGGGCGGACGGCCGUUAACGACGUCCAGACCCGGGGGGGUGAGGGGGGCACAAGCUGGGAAGGCCCGGAGAACCGGGCGGUAAGCUGCGCGCCGGGGGUCAGGCCGCGGGGUAGACCCCCUGCCCUCUUCGGGCUGCCCCGCCGGGCCGCGGGGGGGCGCUCGCUCGCGGCGCCCGACCGCCGGAAGAAGGCGGCCGGCUGGCGGGGGAGGUCGGCGCCCCUGCCGGGUGCGGGCCGGGGCGCCGCUGGGGUCGGGCUGCGGCGGGGCCGGGAGGAAGGCGGCGGCGCGGCUUCUCCUCGCUUCCCCUCCCCCGGUGGGAGGUGGCAGCGGCCGGGCCGGCGCCGCAGCCCGCCCGCCAUGCCUGCCGCCCCGCCGUGAGUCGCUGCGCGCGGCGCCAUGGGGCCGGAUCCGGGCUGGGCCGCGCUGGUGCUGCUCUUCGCCGCCUCGCUGCUCACCGUCGCGGCCUGGCUGCUUCAGUACUGGCGGUCCGCGGCCCUGCGGGCGCUGCGGCGGCGCGGGCCGGCGGCGGAGGAGACCGGGGCCCGGGCGCUGCUGGCCGCGCUGCUCGCCCUCCGGUCCCUGCGGGAGCAGUGGCAGCGGGCCUGGGUGCGAGCCCUCAACAGCCAGGCGCGCCGGCACGGGAGUUCAGUGCAGGUCACGUUUGAAGAGGGUCCUCAGUUGCCACCGGCCGCGAAUAUAAGUCACGUGACGUGCAAGGCGCAGUCGGACCACAGCAUGGUGCUAUACUGCCAGCUGUCAGCUGAAGCUGUGAAAUUCCCUGUCUCUGUUACUCAGCAGUCCCCAGUUGCUGUUUCUGUGGACACCUAUCACGUCACUUUGGCUGUGCUGCAGGCUCAGGUGGAGAUCCACUUGGAGGAGAUACAGAGCAAAGGUCUCCUGGUGUCGUGGACGUUCAAGGACAGACCGGAUUUGAACCUUUCGGUUCUUCCGAGACUUCAGCUUCCUGAGAAUGAAGGGAGAGCGGAUCUGUCCACGAUAAGGGAUCUGAUUGAGGAUACCAUUGUCAGCACGCAGCCAGCCAUGAUGGUGAAUCUGAAGGCCUGCACCGCUGGAGCUGCUGCGGUACCCAGCGAUAAGUCGACUCGAGAGUCCCCGUCCAGAGCAGCAGCAGCCCCUCUGGGUUCUAAGCUGUUGCUCCGGAAUCUUCGAGUGCUGAAUUUGGGCCACCAGGAGAAGGGAGGAGUCGGGGAGAUAUGCUGCGUGGCAGAGCUAGACAGCCCCCCGCAGCAGAAGCGGACGAGGCCGGUUACGGCUGGCAGCGCCGGUGCUGCGGCAGAGAUGGAGUGGAACGAGGAGCUCUUUCUGGAGUUGGGACCUAGAAGUAAAGAGCUGAAGCUGCAGGUGCUGGGGAACGGUGACAGAGGCGGAAGUGUGCUGCUGGCACAUGCCACGCUUCUGCUUGAUUCAUCGGGCAAACAACCGUCGGGGAGACAGGUCUGCUCACUGGCCCCAGGAGCUGGGCGAUCGCUGGCAGCCGAAGCUACCGUUAUAUUGGAGCUGCUAUUCCAGGAGUCUCCUGCAUCUUUGAAUGCUCAGCAUGCCACGUCUCUGCGAACCAGCAUCACCCCCACUAAGAAGGUGGAGAUGGACCGGACCAUCAUGCCCGACGGCACCAUCGUGACUACCGUCACCACGAUUCAGUCCCGGCCCAAGGCAGACUGCAAACUGGAUUCGCCAUCCAGGUCGCCUUCCAAGGUGGAAGUGACCGAGAAGAAGACAACGGUGCUUUUGGAGAGCGGCUCCUCUCGCGGCCCCUUGCCCAGUGGUAGCCGGGAUAGCCAUAUGCCUAACGGCUUGGAUCCGGUGGCCGAGACGGCGAUCAGGCAGCUGACCGAGACGAAUAACAAGCCCGCCAAGAAGACCCCGACAAAACGUAGCACGCUGAUCAUCUCGGGAGUUUCCAAGGUACCUAUCGCUCAAGAUGAAAUGGCGCUUUCUCUGGGUUACGCCGCAUCCUUGGAGGCCACGGCGUACGGGGAUUCUGCGGCUGAGGACGCGUCUGACCAGACGCACGGUUCUACUGAUUCGUCGCGGCUGCCGGAAGCAUCGCCAGCGGGACAAAGGGCCAGUCAGGAGCUGGAUGAGACGACGCGAUCGGACAUCUCUGAGAGACCGUCGGUGGAAGACGUCGAGUCUGAAACUGGCUCCACGGGAGCUCUUGAGACCAGGAGCUUGAAAGAUCACAAAGUUAGCUUUCUUCGGAGCGGUACCAAGCUCAUUUUCCGGAGAAGGAGCAAGCAGAAGGAAGCGGGCCUGAGCCAGUCGCACGAUGACUUGUCCAAUGUCACCGCCGACUCUGCCACCAGGAAGAAAGCCAGCAGCUUUUCCCGCCGCCUCAUCAAGCGCUUCUCCUUCAAGUCUAAAUCCAAACCCAAAGCUAGCGACAGCGCAACGGCAGGUGAAAGAAGCCUUCUCGGGCCAUCCAAAUCUGGAGCAACAUCGCUCUUUGGAAGCCAGAGGCCGGGUAAACGUCAGACAAGGCCAGAGGAAGAACGCUCUUGCACUUCGACAGAAGAGUCCGUUCCAAGUACUGUCAGCAAUGCAGACAGCAGUGAACUCGAAAGGGACGGAAGCCUGGAUACGUGCGGCAUGCCAUAAAAGAAGUAACGUCGUCGUGAGAGGAACUAGCCCCGAGCCAGAAGCAGAGAACGGCACGAAGCAGAGUGUUUUCCCUGUGGUCAAAUACAGAUCGGGAAAUAACAGUAGAGCGUGCGUCUCUCAAAUUGACUUUGAAAAGGAUGUAGACCGGUGAAUUAGACCGAAAGUCAGGGAGGGACUCGUGACAAGGGCACGCAGCGACAGGGCGUGCCUUAGGGUUUUAAACUGAAAGAUGGUAGAUGUAGAUUAGACGAUAGGAAGAAAUUCUUGACCGUGAGGGCAGCGAGGCACCGGACGGGUCGCCCGGAGCAGCUGCAGAGGCCCCCUCCCCGGGAGCUCGCAAGGCAAGGUUGGGCCGGGCUUUGGGCGACCCAGUCUAGCGGAGGGUGUCCCUGCCUGUGGCAGGGAGGUUGGAACUGGAUGAUCUUUAAGGUCCCUUCCAGCUCAAACUCUUCUGUGAUUCUAUGAUAAUUACUCUAGCAAACGGUAUAACUGGGAAAGUUAUACCUACGUUGACAUCUUACUGGGAUCGUCAGUCUUUUUCCUGUUUGUAACGGUACUUUUCACAAUACUCGUCGCGAUUGGCUGUCUGGUUUGAAAAUAUCAUGGAGAUACUGCCUGUUACGUCUUUUCGUAUUCGUACGUAUGCACGUACGCCAGCGUAGGCUUUGUGUUGACGAUAGCAGUCCGAUAGCAAUGGAUUUCCCUUAGCUGGGCAACGUACGGUUUGUUUGUAUCAAAGCACGUAAAACUAAAGAUCGGGCAGGGUUCGGCCUCAGCGCUUCUUCCCGAACCUAUGUUCUCAAUAAACGGCGACGGCUCUGACAAAA